AUGCCCGAAACUGCUCCUGGAGCCACGCGAGGCUGCCUGUGGAGGUGCAUCAGAGUCCUGGCAUCCCUCGUCAUUCUGGGGUUCUUUCUUCAAGGGACUACAGCAACACCUGUGGAGCAGCAAUCUAACACAUUGCUGAGUGACAAGAAGAAAAUGAUACAGCAGAUAGCUCAGGAGGAAAUCAGCUCCCAAAUCAAGAGUCAUUUGAAAUACUUCACAGAGAUGCAGAAAAGUUCCUGUGUUCUCCAGCAUGCCAAUUACACAGUUCUGGUUGGAUCCUCUCUUCAACCAAAGAGGCUAUUGACGGUGGGGAUCUUCUCAGAGCAGCACAGUCACAGGACUUACCUCUUGGACACCAUGACAUCCUUAUUCCAAGCUUCCUCAGAACAGGAAAUGGAGUAUAUACUGAUAUUGGUCCUCCUGUCAGGCACUGACCCUAAAUGGCUCAACCAAACAGUUGGCAACAUUUCAGGUCUUUUCACGCCUCACAUUGAAUCUGGGAGGCUGCUGGUGGUCCAUGGUCUGCUUGGUGACUCCAGAGCGGAGAGCAGAAAUCAUACCCCCCCCUGUGGAAAACUAUAUUCUAGGCAGAAAACAAGUUUUGCCCUUCUCAUGAAUUUUGCCCACAACCUCUCUGAAUACUUCCUGUUGCUAGGAGAUAACGUACAGAGCACCCCCAGGUUUCUGUCUGACAUCUUCUGGGCCUUGCUGGCCUGGAAGCAGCUCCCUUGGGUGAUCCUAGAGUUUUCUAGCAUGCCGAUCUCCGGGAAGGUUUUCCAUACCGAGGACCUCUCCCGCCUCGUCUCCUUCCUGCUCCUUUUCCCCAAGGACAUUCCCACCCACUUGCUUCUCUCUGAGUUCAGGCUUCUCUUGUCUCAAAAUGUCCCCAUCCGCCUCAGUCCCACCGUCUUCUACCAAAUGAACAGUGACUCUGAAUUUGAAGACACAUGCUUUCCUGCAGAGCAAGUCAAAGGCUUGGGCAGACCAGACAAUCCCGCUGCUACCGUCUUUACGGACAUGAUCUCAUUUUGGAACACGAUUCCACAGUAUGCCUACAUUCUCAAUGACGACUACUUCUGGGUCUUAGACCCUAUAGAAGACAACUACUUGCUGGUGGUUCUGGAUAAGCCACAAAAAGUCAUCAAGGUAGCAGUGGAGACGGGCGCUAGUGAGAAUAAGUUGAACUUAUUAAAACAUGGGCAGCUAUUGCUGGGUUACAGCCCCAUGGACCACCCCAAACGCUGCGCUCAUUAUAACUUGGUAGGCCCAUUGGUGAGAGGUCAGUUGGAGCAGAUGGUAUUUUAUGAAGAAGAUGCUGUGAAGGAGAUUAGCUGUAUAAAAUUGCUGGUGACGGAAUCUCAUGACUACCCUGUCAUGAUCACGCAGAUCAAAGUCUGGACAGAAGUGGAAGAAGAGGAGAGUUGGAGGUUCCUGUAAGAUUUCUGGGGGACAGGGUUUAGGAAGGGAGAAAUAAAUCCAUCGAAUGACCAGGAAUGUCUCCUCCUUGUGAAUGCAGUGAUCAUGGACUUUAUUCUCCAAAAUGUACCCUCUGCUGGUUGGUUCCUGUCAA